CGGCAGCUUGUAGCGGUUUCUUUAUUGUUAGUGAGAAAGUUUGUGUUGUGGUCCGUCAGAGCCUCUGUGUGUCCGGAUGAACGUGUCUGAAUGGACUUUGUGCUGUUCACCUUUUCUUUCUGGAUGUUUUACCUCUGACUCAUCUCCCGGUAGACUACAAACACAUUCAAGUUAGCUUAUCAUGCUAGCUGGUUAGCACUGCGGCGCUAGUCAGAGUGACUGUUUGAUGGAGAGCAAACUGUUUCUGACGGAGUUUGUGUGGAGAAAAGUUGGUGUCACUGUGUGAAAAAUGUCUAAAGUCCAAACGGUGAGAGCGCUGGUGGAGCAGCGACUGACUGCGGCUGCUGAAGAGAUAUUUGGGCUGUUUGAAAGAACGAUAGCAGAGUAAGAGGAGGAACUUUGUCGUUCAAAAGAGAAGAACGAGCGACAACAGAAACUACUGGACGCUGUUUUCAACCCUCAGCUUCACGUACACAGAGCAGGUUAGUUACUUUACUUCAGUUACACAGAGCAGGUUAGUUACUUUACUUCAGUCACACAGAGCAGGUUAGUUACUUUACUCCAGUUACACAGAGAAGGGCCGCGUUUCCAAGAUUCGCUCGUUCUUAAGGACUUAAGAAGGCUCUUAAGAAGGGUUCGGCUAAGAAGGAGCGCUAAGAUAGGGGUGUUUCCCAGAUGCGUUCUUAACUGCCUUCUUAAGAUCCCGCCAAAGAAGCUUCGUAAGAAGCUCUUUGUGGGAGCUGUCCACCGCCGUGGUGCUGAAAUAUAAAUCAAUCGAUGCCAGGCAAAUCGAUCACCCACCACUUUAUCAGCGCUUAAGUCACCCCACACACCUGUGCGAUAAGGCUACGUGUGAGUGAUCACAGCUAACAGGUGUAUCCGAGUAGUAAUCAAGCCAUUAACGCAUAUAUACCCCACUGUGGAUACGCACACACAUGAGAAUGGAGAAAGCAGGCAGCAAACGCAGCAAGAGGUCACCCUCAUUUACUGCAGAGGAGAUGGCCACAUUAGUGGACGAGGUCUGGCAGCACCGCGAGGUGUUAUUUGGGGGAACAAGGGGGAAAAAAGAUAUAACAUUAAAAAACCGCAUUUGGCAGGCAAUAGCCCAGAAGAUGUCCCCCUCUAGUCCCUGUGGCCUGCGAGACUGGUGUGCCGUGCGGAAGAAGUGGCAGGAGUUCCAGAGCCAAACAAAAAAAAAAAGCGCACAGGUGAGGCGAGAGAGCAUGGGCACGGGCGGUGGCGCACCUGGGGGUACAACCCUAACUCCUGACGAGGAAAAAGUCCUCUCCAUUAUUGGAAAGACGGCCUCUGAAGGCAUUAGUGGGGGCAUCGAUCUUCUGGGGGACGAGGGGCUCUCAGACAACAGCGAAGGCGAGGAGGAGGAGCCAUCUGGGAGCGGAGCAGCGACCUGCACGUCCCCAGGAGAGGACGACCCCCCGCAACCGAGCCCUGUCCCCGCAUGCCAACCAGCAGGGCCCGGUGUCCGCACACGGGGACGCCCCUCCAUAACGACCUGCACCUGCAGUGAGACACUGGUGCGUCUCGAGAGGGAGAAACUGGCGGUGCUGCGGGGGAUAGAGGGCCAACUGGAGAGACAGACUGCCUUCCAAGAGGAGAUGGUGCGUCUCAAACGUCAGAAGUCGGAGCUGCACCGGAGACAGCUGACACUUGCCGAGGCGCAGUUCAACAGUCCCUCCAUCUCGGUCCCAAUAAUUCUCCCCCAGGACGCAGGUGAUGCAGACGCCCAGUAAAGACAGCGGUGCCAUCGCUUUUUGUUUUGUGUUUUAAAUGAACUACUUUUCCUUUUCAACCAUGUGUUGUGUGGAUAAUUUUGUAUUGAAAAAAGGGUGUCAAACCUAGCGAAAAAAAAUCCCAGGCAAUUUGUAUUGUGUCAUUGAUUUGAGUAGAUUCAUGACAUGUGCGCCCUGACGCACGUGCUUAUCCUAUCACUACUUUCAGCACCUCUAAUUCCCCACUUGUUACCUGGCCUCCUCUAUCCAAAAGUUGGAUUUCAUGUAUCAUUUUGCAUACUGUAUGCAAGAAUUAUUCCUUUACAUCCUGUGCUAGACCUUAAACAGGUAAAGCACCCAAACAUUGCAACAAUAUAUUGAUGUGCGGGACAUUAUCCGACACUAAUUUAUUAAUAUUUGGGUGUUUUACCCGCACAUCUGUUUCACUUCCUAGCUUUCAAGCCCUAUACAUGAUGGUUGAUAUGAUAUGGGUUUUAUGAUGGUAGUGGGUUUGAUGAUGGGUGUAGGGUGGUGCUGAUAUUUGUGUCUGGUGGUGACGGGGGUAGGGACUGAGACUUCAAAAGAGAUUCACAAGCUCCUCUCUGGUCUGGACACCAGCUUGGUGGAGUAUUGCUCGGGCUUCGCGGGGGUUGAGGGCGUCGUCUUCCGAUGUUUCCCCAUCGUCAUCCACAGGAGGCAGCUCAUCUGCUCCAACGCGCACUGCUAUGUUGUGCAGCAUGGCGGUGACAACAAUCACGCGGCAACAUUUCACAGGUGACAAGCGCAGUCCCCCUGACGAACGAUGGACACCUCGGUAACGGGACUUCCACCUGCCAAACACCCGUUCAAUGUGGGUCCUGGUGUGUGUGUGGGCCUCAUUGAACCUCUCCUCCUGUGGUGUUGCUGGGUUGGUUACCGGUGUCACGAGGUAACUCCGGAGAGGGUAGCCACU